AACAUUUUGCAGGAAACUAAUGGCCAAGUCAGAUGUCACAUAGAGGCAGUGUCAGACAGCUGGGGGUUGCCUGAGCGAAUAAAAAGGGGAGGAGGAUGAGGCUCUUUAGCCAUUAGCGGACACUGAGGAGGUACAGGUGCGUCAAAGAUGAACUGGCUUGUAGCUGCGCUUGCUGUGUGCGUCCUAGUGCCCAGCGCAAACUGUGCUUCAGACUCAGUCGCCUGGUGUUAUCAUCAGCCAAGCUGCAAUGACACUACCUGGCCAACCAUCGCUGCUAAGUAUUGCAAUGGCACCCGACAGUCUCCCAUUAACAUCGUCUCAGCAUCUGCGGAACCUAACGCCAACCUGACUGAAUUCACCUUUCAGAACUACGGCGACACCUCCAUCUUGAAAAAGAUCCUAAACACUGGCAAGACAGUCAAAGUCAGCUUGGGCAGUGGCGUUAGCAUUUCAGGGGGAGAUCUGUCUGAGGCAUAUGACAGCCUGCAGUUCCACUUGCACUGGGGUAAAGGCUCCUCCAUCCCCGGCUCCGAGCACACUGUGGAUGGAAAGCGCUAUCCCAUGGAGUUACACAUUGUAAACAGCAAGUCAACCUUUAAUGGGAACACAACUCUAGCUGUUAAAGACUCUACAGGACUUGCUGCUCUUGGUUUCUUUAUUGAGGAAAUGUCAGGCAAUGAAACUCAGCAACCUGCAAGCUGGAACACUUUGACCUCCUACCUGGCCAACAUCACAAACAGUGGUGACUCUGUUUCAAUUGCACCUGGAAUUUCAUUGGAUGACCUCCUGGUCGGGGUGGAUCGUACCAAAUAUUACCGCUAUCUUGGUUCCUUGACCACCCCCAAUUGCAAUGAGGCUGUGGUUUGGACUGUGUUCAAGGAUUCGAUCAAAGUCAGCAAAGAUUUGAUUGACCUCUUCAGCACAACAGUACACGUCUCCAACACCUCGUCACCUUUGAUGACCAAUGUCUUCAGAAACGUCCAGCCAGCACAACCAGUCACAACACAGGCUGCCAGCAGUAGCGCUACCUCCAAAACCUGUUACUCUCUGGGGUUGAUGGCACUGAGCCUGGCUCUGGGGAGGAGUUAGGGCCAAUGAAGAAUGGGGGGGGAGAAUUAUUGUGGUGGUUUGGCAACUUAUGGUGCUGCUGGUAAACCUGUUAGUAUACACCUAUCUCACUAUUUAUCCUCUUUCAAUGUGAUUUGUCUGACUUAAACCUCCAAAUUGUUAGGGCGCAGUUUUGCUUGGAUUUGACUAACGCCGCAAGAACUUUUGUUGUGUUCCAGUCUAGCUCUCUAUAUAUUUGUCAUAAUGAAUUGUUCACAAACAUUAAAUGUGAUAAUGGCUAUAGUUGUCCAUAUUGCUUCCAGGAGUAUGAAAAGCUAUAAAGAAUUUAUCAAUCUGAUUUUAAUCUGUUGCUCACUAUAUUUAUGUUAAACAUUGUGCACAAGAAUGAACAUGUUUUGCAGAAUGACUGGUUCAGGCACAGCUAAUGACUGCGCUUGAGCUGUCAAAGCUACAUUUAGGAGCCUGAGGCAGGAAUGCACUUGCACUAAGUUUACUGGAUAGAUGACAUAAUGGUAACUUUGGGAACUCUGCAAUGUAAUCUGAGCGUGACAGUAUUUAGUUAAUGUUGGCAAGUAUCUGUAUCAAGUUAAAACUACCAAAACAUCAAUAGUUGUUGACAGACUGAUUUUUAAUCAGACUUUUGUAUUUUUAUAUUCCCUUUAUUUUGAUAUUUGCAAAUGCCAUGUAUCGCCACAUUGCCCAGCUGAACACUCACUAAACUGUGCUGCUUCUUUCACUUGGUGUAAUAAGAGAUUGAUGCUGUGUCGUUUGAUCCAUGAACACCAUCAUUUAUCAGAAUGCUGAACAUUAUAGAUUUUUUUUUUUCCCCCCAUUUAGGCCUGUGUUGCACUUCCUGCACAUGUAACAAAACUGACUUCUUGAUCUUGUGAUAGAUAUAUUUCUAAAUUAAAAGGAUUUGCUGUCAAUUGA